GAAAUGAGAGAUUUAAAUUAAACAUCGGAAAUCUGUUUAGGCUUUACUUGAUUCAACAAAAGACUGACUUAUAUGCAUUGAUUCUCAGUUUUCAUCACAUAAUUCUAGAUGGAUGGAGUUUGCCAAUAUUGCUUGACUAUGUUCAUCAAGAAUAUUUGAACUUGAUUGAGAGUGAACACGCAUCCUUACCAUUAACGCGUUCUGCUUCUUCUUCGCUUCGUGAUGAGAGCUAUGAAAAUGCACAAAUAUAUUUGCAAAAGCAUCGUCUCGAUAAUAUUGAUUAUUGGGAAAAUGAAAUAGACCAAAUAGAAGAAAGAUGUGACUUGACUGGUUUAUUAAAAGCAGAGAUCAAGAAUAAGGUGAUGCUCAAUCAAUACGAUCAUGUGAAACAGCCACAAUCGAGGACAAUGAUAAUCAACGGCAACCUUUAUAGAAGUCUGAAAGACAUAUGCCGUCAAAGUGGCCUAACGUUAAGUUCGAUUCUACAAUUUGUUUGGCAUAAAAUACUGAGCAUUUAUGGCAACAGCAGUCAGACAAUUAUUGGAACAACAGUAUCCGGUCGUAACAUUCCAGUUAACGAUGUCGAAACAUCAGUUGGCUUAUUCAUUAAUACACUACCAUUAAUUGUAAAUCACGGUGUGGACGAAUUACUCAUUAAUGCAAUAAAAACUAUUCAAGAUAAGAUGAACGAAAUGAUUACUCGAAGUAAUGUCGAUUUCUCUCAACUAAGUAAAGGAAAAAUGAAGCACGCUUUAUUCGAUGCUCUUUUCGUUUAUGAAAAUUAUCCAACUUUAGAAGGCAAAGUUGAGAGACAAGAAGCAUUACUCAAGUUUGAAAGAAAAUACAACGCUGAGAAACUUGAUUAUCCUUUAGCCGUUGUCGCUUAUGAAACAGUCGCAAAUGGGUCCGUGACCAUUGUUGUAAAUUAUGCAGGUGAAUUAUUUGCAAACGAAACAAUUGCCGACUUAUUAGACGUAGCUAAUGUACUGUUGAUUCAAAUUGGAGAUGGUCAAGUAAUGCGUGUCUCUGACUUGUCUUUAUUGCCAAAGGCGCAACUGAAAAUGAUCAACGAUUGGAGCGAGACAUUGACAAACGUUACGGAAUCGUGCACACAAAUAACACUCCACAAACUGUUUGAAGUAGAAGUAGAAAAAUCUUGUGAUAAAAUUGCUAUUGUCUACAACGAUAUACAGCUCACUUAUCGGGAAUUGAACGAAAAAGCGAAUCAAUUGGCACACUAUUUAAGAUCAAUAUAUGAUAUUCAACCGGAUGAUUUAAUUGCAUUGUUGUUGGAUAAAAGUGAGCUGAUGAUUGUGAGCAUACUGGCUGUGUGGAAAUCUGGUGCAGCCUAUGUUCCUAUUGAUCCUACUUAUCCAGACGAACGGAUUCAAUUCAUCUUACAAGAUACGAAGGCCAAAAUAAUGAUCACAAACAAAAAAUAUAUGACACGAUUAGAUCGGCAUGACAUUAUGAAAAUUGCAGUCGAUUGUCCACUAGUUAAUCAAUUGGUAAACAAUAAUCGAAUGACUUUCAAUCCUGAUCUAAAUACCACUAAAGACAAUUUGGCUUAUGUCAUAUAUACAUCGGGUACGACAGGUCAACCGAAAGGUGUUAUGGUUCAGCAUGGAAGUGUUGCUUCGUUCAGGAACGACGUAAAAUUGGAAUUUUUUGAGAAUAAUGAUAGUGAACCUUUGCCUGAAGCCAUUUUGUUCCUUGCCAACUAUUGCUUUGAUGUAUCGAUAGAGCAAAUAGCAUUAUCAAUCCUCAGUUCGAAUACAUUGAUAGUUCCAGAAAAUAUAUCUACGAUUGACGAGAAAUUCUACUUAUGUCUGAAUGAAAAUCGAUUGACUUAUUUAAGCAUCACACCUUCUCAUCUACAACAUAUUAAUUUGAAGCAACUGAAAUAUUUACGAACGUUAAGUGUUGCCGGUGAAGAAUUACCUGAAAGGGUCUUUGAAAGAAUUCGAAGAGAAUAUCAUGGUAAAAUAAUAAAUGCUUAUGGAAUUACUGAGUGUACUGUGUACAAUAUGGUGUAUGUAUAUAUGAACGGAAUGAAAUAUAAAAACUCGAUAGGUUCUCUCUUGUCUAAUACAAAGAGAUUUGUAUUGAAUAAUAACCUACAAAUGUUGCCGAUAUAUGCGAUUGGUGAGCUGUACUUGACAGGCAAUUGUUUAUCGAGAGGUUAUUUGAAUCGACCUAAAUUAACUGAUGAACGGUUUCUACCUAGUCCAUUCCAGACGGAUGAAGAAAAGAAAACAGGGAAGAAUGCACGUAUUUACAAGACAGGCGAUUUGGUUCGUUGGCUACCCGAUGGUGAAUUGGAGUAUCUCGGUAGAAACGAUCUACAGGUGAAGAUUAGAGGAUUGAGAAUUGAAUUGGGUGAAAUCGAAUCAGUUCUAGCUUCGUAUCAAGGAGUCAAUCGUUCCGUUGUUCUAGCAAAAGAACACAAAACGAGAAAUAUGGACAUGGCAGGAACGAAAUAUUUGGUUGGAUAUUAUAAUUCCGAUAAUGUGACCGACGAAUCUGAUUUAAUACAGUACAUGCAAAGCAAAUUGCCGGAUCACAUGGUACCAAAUCGAUUGAUUCGAAUAGAGAAAAUCCCAUUGACCAUAAAUGGUAAAUUGGAUACAAAAGCAUUACCAGAAUUGGAUUUUUUUGUGGAUGAAAACAAUUACUGUGCACCUAGAAAUGAAUUAGAAGUCACGCUUUGCGCAAUAUGGUCGGAUAUACUCGGAAUUGAGAAAGUUGGCAUAAAAGAUGACUUUUUUCGAAUGGGAGGCGAUAGUGUCAGUUCAGUGCAACUAGUUGGUCGAAUUGAGAAGGAUUUGAACCUGGAUGUGUCCAUAAGAGAUGUUUUUUCAUUCAGGACUAUCGAUAGCUUGUGCCACAACGUGUGUUUGAAGAAUUUCAUUCCGAAAGUGAUAAAGGUGUGUGACACGCAGCGUUCUGAGCAAGGGGUUUUGCCUGGUGAAGUACCUUUGGUGCCAAUACAAGAAUGGUUCUUUGCGAAGUGUACAGUAGGAAUCAAUCACUGGAAUCAAGCAUUUCUAAUUGAAACACCAAAUCUGGAUCAAAGCAAGUUGAACGACUGCUUGAUGACAUUGAUCGAUUAUCACGAUGCCUUCAAGUUGAGAUUUAAGCGGUUAGAUGAUACGAAAUACUGCCAGUACUAUGAUGAUUCAAUACAUAUUCGAGGUCUAUUACGUCUCAAUCGUUUGGACGUUCGUAGUCUAGAACAAAAUGAAAAUAGUAAUAAACUAUUGCACGAUACAUUAACUAAAUGGCAGAGUCAAUUUGAUAUCGAGAACGGGCCCCUGUUCGCUAUUGGUUAUCUAAGUGGUUUUGCUGAGGACAAGGGGCAGAUUUGGUUCUCAAUGCAUCAUUUAAUCGUUGACACAGUUAGUUGGCGAAUAAUAUGUGAUGAUCUGCGGCGCCUCUAUGAUGGAUCGUCAAACUUAGGCAAGAAAGGUAGUAGCUACGGGGAAUGGUCACGCUGCGUUCAAUCGUAUGGAACGCGUAAAUCAACGACCGAAGAGCUGUACUGGCGUAAUCUUGUGAGCAAUAUGUGCUGUUUUAAUGACAAUUUAAGUAAGCACACUGUGGUAUCUGCCAGUAGACUGACAACGAAUGCGACAAGUAUCACACUCAAUACGAUACAAACAUGUAGCCUUUUGAGAGAUUGUCCACAGGCUUACGGUACAAAUAUCAACGUAUUGUUGCUUACUGCGUUUGGUUAUGCUCUCAAAGAACUAACAGAAAAUCGAAUUAAUUAUGUGACUUUAGAAGGUCAUGGUCGUGAAGAUAUUGGUGACGACAAUGUAAAUAUCAGUCGAACCGUGGGUUGGUUUACAACGAUGUAUCCGGUUCUUCUCGAAAUUGAUGAUGAUCUCAUGCGAAGUAUCAUGAAUAUCAAAGCGCAUUUGAUGCAAGUACCUAAUAAAGGAAUCGGGUAUGGUACAAUCAUUGGCUACAAAGACCAAGACUUGCCACGAGUUAGUUUCAAUUAUCUUGGCCAGUUCGAAACAGCAUCGUCGACUAGACGAUGGUAUUUAACUGAUGGCAUUGUUGGAAAUGAACAUGCAGAGGAUGAUUUUGACGGUGAUGUUAUAGCGGUAAACGGACUUUGCAUGAAAGGGCAAAUGCGAUUCAAUAUCACGAGCAGACUGAAUUCUGAUAGAACAAUACAACUUGCCAACUCAUUUAAAUCAAAGCUCGAAAAUAUCAUUGACGACUGCUUUACGACGAAGUCACUUAUUGAAAUAGAUUAUUCAAAUGAUUUCGAGCAUCCAUUUGUUUUACUAAAUACUAAUGCCAAUACAAUUUUGUUCGUUUUGCCGCCUGGGAAUGGUGGUGCUGAAAGUUAUUUCAAUAAUAUUGUUCCUUAUUUAUCAGCAUAUAAACUGGUAUUAUUCAACAAUUAUUAUCAUAAUCUUAAAGAAAAAAAAUUGGAAAAAGGCUUAUCAUUCGAAACAUUAGCUCGCUUAUACAUAAAGUAUAUAAAACUAAUUCAGUCCAAUGGUCCGUAUAAUUUUCUAGGUUGGAGUUUUGGUGGAGUUUUGUCGUUUGAAAUUUCUCGUCAGUUAAAUAACGCUGGCGACCGAAUCGCUAAUAUAUUUAUGAUUGACUCUUACUUUAACACACACAAUGCUUCUUUUGAAAUUGGCACCAUGCAUGAAAUAGAUACAAUUGGCGAAAUAAACCAUUCCUAUUUACCACAGAUAGAGAACGAGGCGUUUGGGUUAAAUAUAACCACUAUGAAUAUAAAUAUUGUAUUGUUUAAAGCCAAAAAGAUGAAUAAGGAUGAAUGGUUAAGAGAUCAACUGGAGUUAUCUCAAUACUACGUUAACUCAACAUUUAAUUGUCUAGACACAUUUAUGAAUCACAAAUGUAUUCGACUGAUUGAAAUGCAUAAUGAAAGUCAUCUGUCUUGGGUAUCAAAUCAACAACAGAUCGUCAAUAUGUGUAACUAUUUAACAAGUGUCUUAAAAUAG